CUAAUCUCCAUUCAUUCACUCAUUCUCCCCCAAUGACCCCUCACUACUUCUUCUUCUUCUUCUUCUUUCUAUUCCUUUCAAUCACAAAUGCCCAAACCAAAUACAUGAACGCCAGAACAAACUUCAUCAACCAGUUCCUGGCGCCUCAGAACGCCGCCCGCUCGGCGCUUCAUCUCCGGCCACUCGUGUGGGACACGCGCCUCGAGAAUUACGCGAAAUGGUACGCGAAUCAGAGACGCGGCGACUGUGCGCUGAUGCAUUCUGCGGGGCCGUACGGGGAGAACAUAUUCUGGGGCGGCGGGGAGGGGUGGAUGCCGGUGCAGGCCGCGGCGGCCUGGGCGGCGGAGCGGCGGUGGUAUAACUACCGGUAUAAUAGUUGCGCGGGUGGGCAGGAGUGUGGGCAUUAUACGCAGAUUGUGUGGAGAGAGACGAGGAGGGUUGGGUGUGCUAGAGUGGCGUGUAGUGGGGGGAAGGGGGUUUUCAUGACUUGUAACUAUGAUCCUCCUGGGAACUACAUUGGAGAGAGGCCUUACUAGGUUGUGUUAUUUUGUAUGUAUUUCUCAUUAUUUUCUGAGGAACUGCAUAAUUGAAUAAUGAACUUAUUGGUGUGUUCAUUUAUUUUCUUGCCUAUGUAAUCUGAUGACAUAUCUGUUACCAUUUCAAAUGGGUGGUCACAUCACUCACAUGAUUGAACCGGGUGAUAUAAUUUUUUGGA